AUUCAAAGAUAAUGAUUGACUGAUUGAUCAAAGUCAGAUUAUGUAAAGGUCUCUAAAAUGUGAAACUACUGAAAUAUAUUUUUAUAAACAAACGCAUGAUAAUACGGUACUGAAGUAUGUACUAUUUAAAUUUUUUUUCAGAUAUGUCUGAAGCGGGCAUGUUUACUAGUAGCACAGCCUUCUGUGUAAGAUGUGGAUCAAUUUUACCACUCCUUCAGAGAUUUGGAUCGGUGAAGUGUUAUGGCUGUAAAGUUUUCUAUGAUGCUUCAAAUUAUAACAAUCUUAAAUUUGAAUACACUGUAAAUUUUAAUGCAGUGUCUGUCACAAGUAAUAAGGCUAUAAUUAACUUGGAUAAUCCAGAAGGCCCUGUUGUUGAAAGGAAAUGUCCAAAAUGUGGCAAUGAUAGGAUGUCAUAUGCUACAUUGCAGUUGCGGUCAGCUGAUGAAGGGCAGACAGUGUUCUAUACAUGUACAUCUUGCAGGUACAAAGAAACUGAAAACUCAUAGUCAGCAAUUUAUAAAAUUAAGUUAAUAUUUUUUAUUUGUUAUGAAAUUGUGUUAAAUAUUAUAGGAAUUUGUUUAAUGCAAAGGGACUUUUAUGAUUCAUUCUGAGACAUA